AAAGAUGGAGGACGGGCGAAUUCGCAAGCCAUGCGCCCUCAAGCACCCAUCGUUUCUCUAGUCGCCGCUCUCGCUCUUGGUUUCGUCAGCGCCGCACCUGCUGGCAUAACAGCUGCUGUUGUCGACGCUGCGCUCGUCAAGAAGCAAUGCAUUAUCUGCCAUGCUAAGGAGCCCAGCCCCGACGUGGUUCCGAAUUUGCCAAUCACCAACAGAAUGCCCGAGGAACCUAGACCAGACGUGGUUCCAAAUUUGCCUAUCACCAAUAGGAUGCUCGCCGAGGUUGAGGGCAGAGACGAUGGAAUUGUAGGUCUCGCAUAUUGA